AUGGAUAGGCAAGUUAGAUCGAAUAAUGUAAUAUUAUUUAAUCUACCUGAAAACGAAAAUGAUAAUGACUUAGAAAAUAUUAAAAAUAUUUUUACUGACUUAAACGAGAAUAUCGGAGAUUUUAAGUUUUCUCGUCUUUCAAGAACAAAAUCCACUAUCCACGAUAGACCACGACCCAUAAAAAUUCGUCUUACUGAGCAGUCCGAUGUUUUCUCUAUUUUACGAGCACAAAAAAUCCUAAAAAACUCAACGAAAUGGUCAAAUAUUCACUUCUCUUCAGACAAAACAACCAAACAGCGAAAUGAAAUGGCAAAUCUCAGAAACACGUUACAAAAUCGCAGAGAAAAAGGUGAACAAAAUUUAAUUAUCAAGUACGUAAAAGGUAUUCCAAAAAUCAUUAAUACUUCAAAAAACUGA